AAGUUCUUUUUAUCUCAUCAAACACCUCCAAAUCUCAAAACCCCAAACUUAAACCCUAGAGAACAAAUUCUCUCUCUCCCUCUCCUUCUCAACACAUCAAUGGCGGACUUCCCGAUCUCACUGGACAAGGCGAAAUACUUCUUGCAGUCCCAGUAUCAUGACGAGGAAAAGUGGGCCCUUAACAUGAAAUUGCUGCGUGCUGCAGGUCUGUUUGCAGGAUCAAUUCUUUUAAUGCGGAGUUACGGUGAUCUGAUGGCCAUAUGAGCUUUUCUUAUGUGUUAGGACGUCCUAAUUAGCAAGUUCUGUAUGGUUCCUUUGUUGCUUAUGCGGAUUUAUUUGGCAUUUUGUUAAAUUACAGGUUUUCCUGUUUACCUUAGUUGUGGUGAUGUUAAUAACUUAAAAUGAGUUUCCAAGCAUAUGAGCAUGCUCUCUUGGAGAGUUUAGGACAUGAAUGAAAUUACAUCACUUUCAUAUACUGAAUGGUUUUUAUGAA